UCUAUCUCUACCUGCUUUUGCUUAGUCCACUCCGCGUGUAGCUGUGAUUUGGAUCGACAUAGAACAGAUGAAAAGUUUCUCCAGCCGUGGCGUGUCAGUUUGUUUCGUUUCAUUCGUCUCGUAAGUAGGAAUUGUACACUGUUGGCAACACGGCAUAGAAUUCGUUUCGUAGGUACGUUCACCUUUUAGAAAAUAGGUAUUAAACUAGAAUUACCUAAAUAAUUAAAUGUGGAAAUAAUUGACAUCAUCCUAAGUGCUAAACAGUGCUAAAGGGAUUACCUAACCUCGGUUUAAAUGACAGAAAGAUAUCCGUAUCUUCCAACAGCAUGACAUUUUAAAUGGACAGUAAUGGAGAAUAACGAAUACCCAACGGACCAAAAUAAAGAGAGACGAAAUUCAAAUACGGAGUAUAUGUCUACAAAAUGCCGAAUAACGAAGCCAGAACCACCAAAACCUGCCACGAAUCCAUUGCAAUUUAUAAAAGUAGCGCCUUGUCCUCUUUUCCAAAAAGCCCACGAACAAAUAAAAAAAGUAGAGGAAAUAAAAAGAGAAGAAAAAGAAAUGAGAACAGAAAUUGAAGAUUGGCAAACGAAUCUUGACAACUGGAAGAGUAGCAGAAGAAAAAGGCAAGAACACAUCAUAGAACGAGUAGUAGAAGUAAAAAAACUUACAGAACAAGAAGAAAGUGAAAAAAGCAGAAGAAAAAGUAAAACAUUUAAUGAAAUGAUGGAAGAAAGGAGUAGGGGCAGACAUAAAUUUAAUAUUCCUUUAUACGAAGACGAUUCAAAUGAUUUAAGCGAUUAUGGAAUUGGAAGCAGCAGCUCGAAAACGAAUAGCAUUAAAGAUGUUGAUACAGACGAUAGUAGCAGUAUACUGGACGAAAAAGACAAUCACACAUUCGAUUUAUCUAGUACUAAAGGAAAUUCCAGUACCUCAAACCAAAGUCAAAGUGAAGAUGAAACCAACACCACCAAAAAUGAACCCAUAUCUGUAAAUAAAAACAAUACGUUUACAAAAACAUACACGAGUACCUUGUCUACUAGCCUAAGUUCCAAUAAAAGUAAACCUGUUCCCUUAAGUAAGCCUUCCAUAUUUGAAACUAAUUCAUAUCAAGAACCUAAAGAAAAGCAAUAUACUUACGAAGGAGCUAUUCAAGAUUACCGGUCGAGAAUCCAAACGAUCAAUUCAGAAGAUUCUAGCAGAUAUAAGCCUAAAGAGCAAACUGAUGUAUUUCUUCCUAAAGGAGAAAUAUUUAAGAGAAAGGGAUUGUUUGAGAGCAAUAUAGAAAUUAGUCAAUUAGAGACUCCUUCUUCUAGAAGAUUAUCAGAAGACUUCGUUAAUACUAGAAGCAUUAAAGACAGACUGAAGAGCUUUGAACAAAUCAACGAUCAAUAUCCAAAAACUGUAGAUAAAAGUGAAAUACAAGUCUCCGUAAGACAAAGGCUUCAAUCAUUGAACAAAUCCAAUGAGACUGAUUCUACAAACAACAACCUCACCCGAACAAAUAUCAAUAAAAUAUAUUUAUUGAAUAAAUCAAAUAGCUCUAAUUCCUUCGAAUCCAAGAAAUCUUGGAACAGUGACGACAGAUGCUUUAGCCCUGAAACCGAACUGUAUGUUAACAAACUGAAUAUGUUCAACAGGGAUUUAGAUAAUCUUAUGAUUAACAAAUCUCUGGACGAAAGUUAUGCGCCCUCUAUAUCUUCUACCGAGUUAACUUGCAUUUCUUCUGACAGGGAAGAUAGUGGUAUUCACACAGGUGAUGUAUCCUGCUCUGUCAGUCAAGCGGAUGAAUCGGUAGAUGUAGAAAUAGCUUCCAACAUAAAUGAAAGACUGAACGAAGAUACUCAAUUUGAGAAGGAUCUCGCUCAAUUUCAAGCUGAUAUGGAAAAACUUAAACCUGUAGAUAAAAAUGAAAAUUGUUUUAAUCAAAACAAGGAAAUUACACAAGGUAGUGAUAUCAUUCUUAUGCCUAUUACUAAAGAAAUUAUUAAUACUACAAUCGAAUUUCUAGAAACGUGUAGACAAGAUUCCUCAGAUAAUUUAACACCGCAAGAACCAAUUAACAAAAAUAAAGUAAUACCCUUACCAGUAAACAAACCAAAGCCUGUAAUAUACGAAAACGUCGAUGUUAAAAAUUUAGGACCUGCAUUGGAUUUCAUUACGAGUGAUUUCGUUUUGGAUGCUUCCUUCUCCGAUUUCAACCCUCCUCAUAUAGAACCUCCCAAAGUCAAACCUCCUCCUCCUCCUCCACUAGAAAAACCAGUGCAUGAUUCGGUAAAACGCGCAAAUUCAACAAAAAGAAUAAAGAAAGAACUUGAUAUUAAAAGAUCAAGUUUUCUUGGACUAGAUGAACCCAAUAACGAUGAAGAUAUCUCUUUGGAGAAACCACCAGACUUGAGCAAGUAUUUUCCAAAUAUGCAGAAGCUUGACACAAGUAUUGGGAAAAAAUUUCCAGAGGGGGUACUAAGUAAAGUCGAAAGUCAGGAUUCUGGUUUGGAUUUGGAUAAGGGAAGGUUAUCUAGUGAUACGUGGUGUAGCAGUGUUGGUGAUUCUGGUACACCUAGUCACGAAAGGCAAGUUAGUGAGCAAACAAACAGUAUUACCUCAGAAGAAGAUGAAAUAACCAAAAAGGAAAGGGAAAUAAUAGAGCUGGUAGAAAAAGAAGAACAAUAUCGAGAUAUCGUAGAUUACUUAAAUAAAGAACCUGUAAAUAAAGGCUUUAAUUCAGAAAAAGAUUCUGCUUAUGAACCAUCCCUUGGCAGUGAACAGUUUGAUAGUCCUUGUUUUAAUACACAACACUCAGAUUUCUUAGACCAAGACUCAGAAGUACUGAAAGUUGAACAAGAACUUCGCCAGCUGGAACUGGAAGAACUGGAAAGACAACGCGAAAACAUGUUAUUUCGAGAGAGCAGAGCAAAAGCACAUCUUCACAACAGACACUCCUUAGAAAAUCUAGCAGACAAAAUGUAUCCAUGUUACUUAUACGAGAACCAUAUUGACUGUCGAAAAUCGAUGCCUGAAUUAGCUAUUCAAAACGCUUCUCUCGAUUAUGGACGUGCCCCACCGACAAACCAUAGCUGUGCAUACGAAAAUAUUAGAGAUUUGGAAAUGAGAGGAUAUGUCCAACCUAAAGUGCUCGUUGAUGGUAACCUAGGUAUACCAGUCGACAACAGGAAAUCAAUGCCAGACCUUCAGCAAGUCUAUAAGAAGUCCAGUCCAGAGCACCAGCGUCCCCUAGUCAAGCAAAGCACACGAAUUCCUCUAGAACAUAGAAAAUCUAUGCCUGAAUUACAGUUAGAUAUGAAUUCUUUGACUUUUAAAACCCCAAAACCCUCCGCAAUUCCGCCCAAGCCUUUGAGAGCUAAAGAUUGGGCUAUAUAUGACCAACAAAGUUCUCAACCGGUUUCCAAACAAUUAGGUGUUUUGCACAGACGUGACAAGUGGCACCAUUCUAAAUCAAAUAGUGAGGGUAGGAAUUACAACCAACAUUGGCUUAUUCAGGAAGCAGAACUGAGAAGGAUAUCUGAUCAACAGAAAAAUUUAGUAACUGCUAGACAUCCAACAAGACAACGUAACCCAACUAGAAUAACUAACGAAAUGGCACAGCCGUCCGUACAAAGGUCUGAACCAAUUUACAAGGACGAUUACAUACAGAACACAUUCAGAAACCAUCCUCAAUCGGUAAAUCACGCACUACCCACCGUGGCCUACUCACCACCAGCUAUGCCUAAGGAGUCCCAGGAUCGGAUUUUGAGUGUUAGUGGAAAAAAGAAAUGUUCAUAUUGUGGAAAUGAACUAGGAAGAGGCGCUGCCAUGAUAGUCGAGAGCCUGGGUCUUUUCUAUCACAUGGACUGCUUUAAGUGCUGUGUGUGCCACGUUAAAUUAGGCGACGGCAUGAUGGGAACUGACGUAAAAGUUCGCAAUCAAAAGUUACACUGCCACAACUGUUACUCCAGCGAUGAUGGUGUCAAAUUCAGUUGUGUUUAAUGUAUAUAAUUAAAGAUUUUUGUUAUAUGUAUAAUUUAUAUACGGUAAUUUGUUUUGUAUAUUAGUCAUAUCGGUUGAAUUGUAAUUAAAAUUUAUAUAGUUAAAUCACUUAAUGUUGAAAAGACUUUGAUAGUAUUAUGGUCAUUUGCAGACAUGGAGGUUUUAUAAAAAUUAUUUAUAAAUAUAUUGUUAAUAUUAUAUAUUAAUGUGUAAAUACCUGGAGCGUACAUUUGAAAAUUUGUCAUUUUGAUGACCAGCAGUGCCAAAACAAUUUUGUCUUCAUAAAUUUGAUUGUUGACUGUAUUUUAUUAUAAAGUUUCGAGAUAUAAAAUACCUUUUAAGCAAAAUGACCUUAAAACUGUCAUCCAUUGGAACUUGCACAGGUGCCAAAUAAAACAUAACGCACGCCGCCCUAUGGAAAUGCAUCAUUUAUUUUUAUUUCUUCACUCAAAUAAAGUUACUUAUUGUGUUUAGAACCAUGUUUGUAAGGAUGGGUAUAUUUUUUAUUUUAUUAUUAAUUUGGCUACGAAAUUUCAAAAAAUCAUUCAUUUUGACGGUUGAAUCGCAAUUUGAGUGUAUAAAACAUGUCAUUCCUGUUUGUUAAUUUAACUUAAUAUAUAUUAGUAAACUUCUUCUAAACCGGCACGCUUGAUAAUCCGGGUUGUAAAGGCUAAUGUGAAAA